AAUCAGAUUAAAUUAGAAAAGAAAACGAAGUUCCUAUAUACAUGUAUAUAAAAGUUAUUAUAAAACGAAAUGUUGUGUGCGGAAUAGAGGAAUAGCGGAAUAGAGGAAUAGCGGAACAGAGGAAUAGCGGAAUAGCGACCGACCGACCGGAAUACAUUUUGACAUGCUCCCUUAGUUUCUUCCUGUUCAGUACUAUUACUCAACUGCUUAAUAUAAAUGAACAAAAAUUUUGCGCCUCUGGUUUUCUCCACCUGAAAAGAAAUUGUCCGUACGAUGUUUUUUAAGGUGGACAGGCUAGUGAACCAGCUGAAUCUAGUGAUUGUCUGCAACAAUCUUACAAUCUUCUUGAAAAAAUCAACAUCUCUACUCAGAAUUCAAUGCGAAAUAUAAGUAAAGAAUCAGCUACAUUCCUUUGGUUUCAGUUAUUUAAAGAUGUCAUUGUGAAAUUGAAACCAACAGAAGAUGCACGGUUGGAUUUCAUAGAAGAAAUCAGAAACUACUAUCGGGAUGAAGUGGAUAGACGAAAACUGGAAACACUUCUAGAAGAAUUUGGAAUGGUAUGAGGCAAGAAACGUCAUCUGGUGGUAUAUUAGACAAGUAUCUCUUUCGAAUAUUGUCAACAAAGCAUUGAGAACAUACGAUUUGGACAUGCCAUAUAAACUUCGUUAUUUUAUUAACUUGUACAAAACGUUGUCUCCCUCACAUUCAGCAUUGCAGCAGCAACUUCCAAUGAACAGUUUUCAAAAUCUACCGUGGGGUUGUUUUACCAUUAUGGAGUUUCAGUAAACUGAAACAUACAAUUAAAACUUCUCAGCAGCGUACAUUUGUCUCUACCUGUUUACUGGUUACUUAUCGACGUCCAGAAAUAUCCUAGUAGGUGAAAUCUUUUCUGAAAAAGGAGCGAAAACUGAUGAAACAGUAUCUGUUCUAUUUGAAAUCGAUAUUGAUCUAUCACUACACAACAUUACAUUUGCUGAUAUUAGCCGUACUAGUGAAUUUGCACCAGAAAAAGAAGUACUGUUUGAUAUCGAUAGAACGGUUGAACUGGAAAGUUUAACAUUUGACAUUGCAAAAGAUCGUUGGAUUAUUCAGCUAGCCACAUCUAAUUACGGUGCUGAUUUAACACAAGUAUUUAUUGAAUAUCAAAAUGAAGAAUCGUCGCCAUUCAACAAUAAUGUCAGCUCAAUAUUUAACUGUUCUCUGUCAAGUCCUAUUCAUUAG